CAACUGAAGUGGGCAGUUAGCUUUCAACGAUUGGCGCGAGUUUAACAUUCGGGAGCAAUUUUUCCCCCUCGUCCCGUAUUUAUAGUCAUGAUUAAUAAGAGUGUUUCGAGUUAGAAGUGCAAUAAUUAUUCGUCCCGGUGCGUUUCGCCCUCCCCCACCAAAAAAAAAACACACCCUCGACGCUAUUUUUGGGAGCGCGCACGUCAAAUGUCAAACGAUUCCUUGAGGUUACUCUGAAUGCGUAAGUCAAAAUUUGCCCCAAAAACUGAGUGAAGAAAUGGCCGCUAAGGGUGGAGCCGCUGAUGAGGAGUGAAUUGGCACCUGCACACACAACAUUCCAAAUUUCUUGAUUCACGGACGAACAUGAACAGCUAACACCCCCCACCACCACUAUGCAUUUCACUCUAAGACAACCUAGUAAAGGUGAGGUUCUGGUCGCUUGGCAGUCGUAUACGGCGAGCGCUCCCGAUGAGCUGACCGUCGUCGAAGGCGAAACGGUCGAGCUCAUCGACACGGAUGAUCCGGCGAGGUCUGCGAAACGACUGAAGUUGGAUCCAGCCUUGGAUGUUGCUUCGGGAAAACUGCUGGAUAGCACCGCGGCCAAGCACAAACUGUCGGUGAAGCCGCAGCGGAAACAUUUCAGCUCCAGAUACUCACCGACCAGGAGUCAGCUGAACGCCAGGUGGUUGGUGCGCCAGACCAAAGGCGAGAAGAAGGAGGGCCGAGUGCCCUGCCACAUUCUGCAGAGCAUCGAUGAGCCGGUACCGGGAACCGGCCUACCUGGCGACGCCGCUUUCAGGCGGCAGGCGGUCGUCAAGGAGCUUGUCGAGACCGAGCAGGAGUUCGUCAAGGACCUGGACUACGUGGUCCAACAGUACCUGAUACGAAGCGAGAACGCGAAGAUUCCAAAGAUCAUUCGCGACAAUUUGCAGCUGGUUUUCGGGGGUCUCGUCGAAAUCGCCGACUUCCAUCGAACGGUGUUAAUGGAGGGCGUAAAGUACUACGCCAACGAGCCUAAUCUGUUAGGGAAGGCCUUCUUACGCUUAGAGCGCGACUUUGACAAGCACGUGAAUUACUACGCCGACGAGCCUCUGGCGCAAUCCUUCUUGGACAGCUGCGACAUUGCCAGGGACCAUUUCGACGAGUUGUCACAAGAAUUGGACGACGACAAAACCCUCUCCGAACACCUGAAGCUUCCGAUACAACGCAUCAACGACUACCAGCUGCUGCUGAAGGAGCUGGUAAGGUAUACCGAGUGCCUGGGAGAGGACUGCGCCAACUUAAAGAAGGCGUUGGAGUUGAUGCUUAGCGUCCCCCAUCGGGCGGAAGACGACAAAUUUAUCUCGAGCAUCGAAGGCUACAAGGGAAGCAUCCACAAGCUUGGACGUCUCAUCUUGCACAACUGGUUUACUGUCACAUUCGCAAACGCAACCAAGGAACGCUACCUCUUCCUCUUCAAGCCGCGCGUUCUCAUCUCGAAAGUCAGGCGUGUCUCAGACGAUCGCUCCGUCUUCCAACUCAAGGAUAUAAUCAAAUUGACACAAGUUGACGUCAAGGACCAUCCGGACAAAGACACAUUCGAGCUCAUCGAUAAGGUAGGCGGCCACUCGCUGAAAUUGAAGGCGCACCAGGAGCACGUCAAGGAACUUUGGCUCAAGGAGAUACGCGAAUUCACCUGCGAUAUCGAGGAACAGUCCGAAGACAUCCAGCUAGUUUCGGAACAAUCGACUCUGAUCACCGAGACUGUGGUCGAGCCCAAACCGUUCAUUCCACCUCAAGCGAGCGAGGCCCAACAGCUAUUAGCGAACGCGCUCAAGUCCGGCUUAGAGGCAAAAAAAGCGGAAGCGAAGACAACCGAAAAGAACGUCGAGGAGGUCGCCUCAGAAAGCGAAAGUAUGAGUCGUAGAUACGGCGGGCUCAGUUCCUCCUCGAGGGGUGGAGAAGAGUACGAUUCUUCGUACAGUCGAAGAUCGAUAAAGCAGUCGUACGGAUCGGACGGCGGGUCGCGGUACGAGUCCCUCUCCAGUAAAUACGGCGCCGAGUCGACGAAAUACGGCGCCGAGUCGAUUUCUACAAAGUACGGCGGCGAGUCGACGUACUCGUCAGCCGGAAAGUACAGCGCCGAGUCGAUCGCGAGCAAGUACUCCACGGACGGGCGGCACGGGGAUUCCGCCUCGCUCAGCUCGAGUUACUCAAAGCGGACACACUCGAUUGACUCGGACGUGGGUAGUGGUCUGAUCAGUUCGACUUACAAAGCGCGUCGGACAAUUAGCGACGCGGGUAACGGUGACGUAGAGCUCAGUAGUUCGAGUUACUCGCGUAAAUAUCGCGGCGAGUCGUCCGAUCUCGACGACGGCCUAAGCUCGUACAGCCGAAAGUAUGGGACCGACGGCGGGGACCUCGACUCCUACAGUUACAGUAAGAAGCGCGUCACCUCGAUCGAGAGCGGCGAUUUGGGCGGCUCGAAGUACACAAGCAAAAAAACACUCUCCACAACCGAAUUGGGCGAGGGGGACGGUUCCAAAUACACACGAAAGAUACUCACGUCGUACGGCGACGAUGACUUCGAAACUCGCGAGUCUCUCCUGAGCAAAUACUCGAAAAAGGGGGACGCGGAGGCGUCGUACGAGCGGCGGGAUUCUUACAAGCGAUCGGUUUCGGGACAGGGCGACGAGGAUGACGUACUGUCGAAGUACUCCAAGUACGAAAGGCACCUCUCGCAGAACUCGAAAAAGGCCAACGAGCCGGACGACGAGGAGGAGGCGAGAAUUGAGGCGGAAAUGAGAAAGAAGUACGCGCCGAGCGCUGCCCAAACAGAAUUGGAGACACUUAGCGCUAACGUGCAGACGGGCGAGAGCAUCGUUGCGGAACAGAAAAGCUCAAAGGUGGAGACCAAAGUGUCCGAGACCACCCAGAGAGCACAAAGCGAGGUUUCGUCUACGACUUCGUCCAAGUUAGUACAGAAAGAAUCGGAGGCGGUGAGCACAAAGACUACGAUGAGAGAGACCACACUCGUCGAAACUGAAGGUACCACGGCAUCAGUCGACGCCAGCGAGGAGGGCGACGCGGUGACGAAGUUCAAACUGAACCGCGAACCGAGCGGCCCAAUGAUCCCGCCCGACACCAAGCCGAUCUACAUCAAGAUGAUCUCCGGAUCGACAGUAGAGCCUGGACAAGCCGCAGUGUUUGAAGUCGCUUUACCUGUCGCUCCCGACAAUGUUGCUUGGUUAAAAGACAAUAAGCUUUUAUCUCAGUCGAACCGCGUUCGCAUCAUCAAAAUGGAGAAGGAUAAGGUGCAUCGCUUAGAAAUUGCGGAGGUCGAAGCUAGCGACGCGGGCUUGUACAGCGCGGUUGCCGCGAAUCCUUUCGGAAAGACCACGUGCUCUGCGCAGCUUAUUGUGCUUCAGUUGACAGAGCAGGAGAAAGCCGAGCGCGCCGAGACCGAGAAGCCUGUCUUCCUGGUGCAGCUGAAGGACACCGACCUCUUGGAGGACACUUACCUCCGGUUUAUGGUCAAAGUCAAAGGAGAUCCGCAUCCAACCGUCACUUUCUAUAAGGAUGACGUGAAGAUUAGGGAAAGCAACAAGCGUUGUCACGUGGUGAAGGAUGCAGCGGAAAGGGGGUUUUACGAGUUGGUGAUACCAGAAGUGAAAGUAGAGGAUGGGGGUAAUUACAAGUGCAUCGCCUCUAACGCGUACGGAGAUGCCGUUUCGGAGGCCACGGUUACAGUGACGGACUCGAAGAAGCUUUUCGAGGACCUGCCUCCUGAAGCACUGCACCACCCCGCCGACAAGCCCACGUUCCUCUGGAAGAAAGACGGAAAGCCCUUCACGCCCGAGGAGCGCUUCAAGGUGCUUCUCGACGACGACGAGGACUCGCUCGCGCUGCUUUUCAAGCACGUGCGACCCGACGACGCGGGUCUCUACACUUGCGUCGCCCAAACCUCGAGCGGCCACAUCAGUUGCAGCGCCGAACUGACCGUCCACGGUGUGCUCAAUCAGCUCGCCCGCGAACCGGAGAAACCACAGCUCGUUAUGGAAAAACGCGAGGCGAUCGUCCAGGCCGGCGGCUCGGCGAUGCUCGAGCUCCAAGUCAAGGGUUACCCAAAACCGAACGUGCUGUGGAAGCACGACGGCGUGCCACUCUCACCCACGGGCAAAUACAAGUUCUUGUACGAGGACGAGGAGACCAUGACCCUGGUGAUCAAAGACGUCCAAAAGGAAGACGCGGGCGUCUACCAGGCGUCGGCGCAAAACGAGCUCGGCAGCGACACCGUCGAGAUGACCUUGAACGUGAAGGUGCCGCCGAAGAUCAAGACGAAACUCGAGGACGUCUCCGUGGCGGCCGACAUCAAGAUCGAGAUACCUGUGGAGAUCGAGGGCCUGCCGAGGCCGUCCGUGCACUUCUACAGGGACGGGCAGGAGAUCAAGACGACCGAGCGCGUCAAGAUAAUCGAGCGGGAGGAGAUUUACACGCUCGUGAUCGAGAAGGGUAAGAUUACCGAUUCGGGAUCGUACUCGGUCGUCGCGUCGAACGAGAUCUCCGAGGUGUCCAAGUUCUGGAACGUGGACGUUCACUGCGAGCCGAGACUGACGAAGAAGAUCGGAGGCGAUCGCGUCGUUUCGCAGGAGGAGGAGGUGAAGCUCGUUGUGGAGGUCGAGUCGAGGCCGGCGCCCGAGGUUACUUGGUAUAAAGAUGAGGUCGAAAUCAAAUCCGAUGAGCACUACGUUAUUAAAAAGGACGGGGAUGAGUACAUGUUGAAAAUUACGGGAGCCGUGACCACUGAUUCGUCGCGCUACAAGUUUAAGGCGAAGAAUAUCUACGGAUCCGUUGAGACUGACUGCAAGGUCGACGUUAAGAGAGCGCCGACUAUUACUAAGCGCUUGAAGGAUAUGACUGUGAACGAGAAUGAGAAGGUGGAGCUUGAGGUUACGGUGGACGCGUUCCCCAAGCCGACGUACAAGUGGUUCAUGGACGAGGUUGAGAUUAUGGAGUCGCGAAAGGAGUUUACGCGAAUUGAGUCUGAUGACGGCUGUAAAUUGGUGAUAAAGGAGGUCACCAGUAGCCUUUCGGGCCAGUACAAGUGCAAAGUGAUCAAUGAGCUGGGGGAGACGGAGACGAGCGCCAAGCUCGUCGUUAACUGUAAACCGAGGUUCAUUCGGCAGCUGCAGGAUACUACGGUCGACGAAGGCUCUACGUUACACUUGGAGGUGGAAAUUGAGGCGUGCCCCGAACCAAGCGUGAAAUGGCUGAGAAAUGGGCGCGAGGUCAAUGCCGAUGCCCGAAUUAAGAUCACCAGGGACACGCAAAGGCACGAGACGUAUAAUUUGGCCGUCAACCUAAUCAAGUACGAGGAGCAGGGGGAAUACGAGGUAGUGGUCACCAAUUCGCUAGGAACAGUUAGUAGCAAGAGUUUUGUUACCGUGCAAAAGGUGAUGACCACUGAUGCCAUCGAAGAGACCAUGCCGUGCAAAAUAGUUGAGGUGACAAUUGAAGAGACCAAGAAGCCGGUCGAUUCCAAAGGUGUACUAAGCGCCAAACACACUGUAGAAAUAGUCAAAAACCAAGUUGAUAGCCCAGAGCCCAUAGUGGAAGAGCCCAUUUCGCCGGAUAUCGCACAACAAGCGCGCGUGACCAAGAAAGAAAAGCCGGAAGUCGUUAGCCAAGGAAAAUUGGACCACAUCGUCGAGGAACCGCCGGGUCCCGGCAAAUCCGUACAGGUUGAUACCAUCCAAAUAUCCGAAGUAUUGACCACGCCUGUUGAGGAGGUUCCUGCUUCUGAACCAACGCUGCUCAAAUCCGACGCGAAACUGACGGAGUCGAAACAGCCCGCUUGGUUCGAAAUUGAAGAAAAUGAAGAAAAGCCUAGUGAAGAGAAACCUCUGAAGAAACCAGUCCAAAAGCAGGAAGCAACACUGGUGGAGGAUGCUAAUGAGCCGCAUCAGGUGAAAGAGACCGCAUAUGAAAGGCAAACCAGUCAAAAGGGGGUUAAAACUUUGGUUGAAGAAGAAGCAACAGUGGUCGAAAAUGAAAACCAAGCACAAAAAGUCCAAGAGGCUGCGUUUGAGAGGCAAAUCAGCCAAAAGGGGGCCAAGGAGGAAGCAGCAGUGGUCGAAAAUGUAAACCAAGCGCAGAAAGUGAAGGAGGCGCCGUUAGAAAGGCAAUCCAGUCAGAAAGGGGGUAAAAAAUUAGUUGAAGAAGAAGCAGAAGUGAUCGAAAAUGCAAACCAAGCGCAGAAAGUGAAGGAGACCGCAUUCGAGAGGCAAGGCAGCCAAAAGGGAGUCAAGGAAUUGACCGAGCCAGAGAACAGUGAGCUGGAAAGCUUGCUUACCAAAGCACAAAGGCAAAGAAGCCUGGUGGAGGACAUCGGCAAAGAAAGUGAGAAGAUUAGCGAAGCUACUCCCACCAUGCUCGGUUCCACGUUCGGCGACAAAACCCAGUACGAAUCCCUGGACGUCUGUUACUCAAUGGAGGCGAUGGGAAAUCCGAGGCCAUCAGCCGUGUGGACCUUGGACGGAAAAAUACUCAAGCCCGACUCCCACUUCAAGAUCACGAACGUCGGUAACGAGUACAAGCUCGAGAUCAAGAAGUUAGACAUCAAAGACGCGGGGGUUUACGAGUGCACGGUCAGCAAUCCCAUGGGAGCGGUCAAACAGCAGGCCACCCUCACGCUCUUACCCGAAGGCGAGCUCAGGCGGCCCAAGGUCGUGGAGCCGCUCCACGACCAGACCACGGUCAAACGAAGCCCAUCGAAGCUCUCGGCGGUCGUGACCGGCGACCCGGUCCCCGAAAUAACCUGGUGCGUCAACGGCACGGAAAUAACCCCAAAGCAGUACGAGACCUUUAACAUCGUUCUCGACAGCGAAGAUCGAGAGAUUGAAAACGGUCUCAAGGAGUGCACCUACUCGAUGACGAUACCGAAGAGCGAACCGGAGAACGAGGGCACCUACACCAGCAAGGCGAAAAACAAGUGGGGCGAGUGCGAGUGCAGCGCCCAGCUGACGAUCGUCUUCCGGCCGGAGAUCGACGGUCCGCAAGACGUCGCCAUCGUGCCGGGUAACGCGGCCGAGUUCACCGUUAAGGUCCGCGCGAAUCCCGCGCCGACGGUCACGUGGCAUAAGGACGGCAACGUCGUGGAGCCGGGUCACGGGCUGGAGAUCGUCGAGGACGCCGAAAACGAGACUUACAAACUCGUGAUACCCAACGUGCGAAUGGGCGACGAAGGAAGGUAUCAAGUGCGCGCAAAGAACAACGUGGGCGAAAGAAUCGCCGAAGCGAAGCUACGGACCAUAAAAGAAGCUGAGCCUUUGACCGAAAAGCCCUACUUCAUUACCUCGAUUACCGACGCGCAGGUCGACGAUUACGGUGAGAUCACUCUGAUGGUGCGCGCCGAUGGCCUGCCGAAACCCGAAAUAAAGUGGUUCUUCAACGGGGUUCCGCUUCAGGAGGACGAUCGCCAUCGGAUCGAGACCAAGGCGGACACGCAGGUCACCAGUAGCCUAACGAUCACCGGUUACCACAAGGAGGAUUCCGGUCAGUACAAGGCGAUGGCGGUCAACUGCGCGGGCGAGGCGGAGACGACGGCCGCGAUAACGCUAACGCAAACGGCGCCGGCUUUCGGCAAGCACUUCGAUCGCAAUGAGGGCGUCGACGAGGGAGAACCGAUGGAGCUGAAGGCGAAGAUCUUGGGAAGUCCUCGACCUGCGGUUUCGUGGUUGAAAGAUGGGGAACCGAUUUCACCGGAGGAUUCCAGAAUAAAAACGACCCUCCUUCCCGACGGCACCGCCAAGCUCAACAUCGAAUCGGCCAAACCGUCGGACAGCGGCGCCUACAAGCUCGUCGUGAAAAAUCCGAACGGCGAAAUCUCGGCGCUUUGCGCCGUAGCGGUCAACCCGAAACCCCAACGGCCGAAAUUCCUCAAGUGCUUCAAGGACGCGAAAGUAACGGCGGGCGAGCCGCUACGUCUCGAGGCGAAGGUCGUCGCGUAUCCGCCGCCCGAAAUUAAGUGGAUGAAGGACGGCGCACCCGUACGUCCUUCGUCGAACAUCCACCUGGAGCAACUACCGGACGGAUCGGUCGCCCUAUCGGUCGACAGCGUAAAACCGGAAAGCGCCGGCACGUACACGCUGCUGGCGAGCAAUCGUCUGGGCGAGAGCGAGAACCACGCGCAGGUGGAGAUCGAGAAGAAGGUCGCGAAACCCGAAUUCAUCGUGCGCAUGGAACCGAUGACUGUCGUCGAAGGUUUUCCCGCCAAAUUCGAAGUGAAGGCCGUCGGGUUCCCACCACCAUCAAUUACUUGGUGUCGCAAUGACGUGGAGGUGGUCAGCGAUAAUAAACACAUUAAAAUUGUCGAGCAACCUGAUGGUGGCAGCGCCCUCUAUAUUGACGCCUGCGAUAUACUCAGGGAUAAGAUGGCUUACAAAGCAAUCGCCACUAAUGACGUGGGUCAAGCCGAGUCGUCCGCGAUUUUGGGAGUGACUCCUGCAACUAAGGAAGGAGUUCCAGAGGAGGCACCCGCGCUCUUGCAUCCCCUUCGGGACGCGUUCGCGCACGAAGGACAACCGUUGGUAAUGGAAGUGCCGUUUACAGCGAACCCUGUGCCUCACGUCCAAUGGACCAAGGAUGGUAAGCCCCUAGAGGCAUCGGAGCGGGUUCUACUUACUUGCGAUGGGAAAAAGGUGGCGCUGCAUGUCGAUAACGCAACACCGGCCGACGCAGGUGUCUACAGCGUUACCCUCACAAAUGCCUUGGGGUCGGAUACCUCGGAAGGUACCGCUGGAGUGCACAAGGUGUUCACACCGCCACGAUUCACUCAAACUUUCGGAGAUUUGCAGCAGAUACCCGGACGGGACGGUAAACUACUGGGGAGGGUUUCAGGAAUACCUUCGCCGGAAAUCACCUGGUUCAAGGAUGGCCACCAGAUCUUCCCCUCGGAAAAGUACCGCAUGAAGAGGGAGGGCGACUUGGUCACCUUGUAUAUUGACGAUUGCGCGCUGGGCGAUUCCGGUUUGUAUCGUGCGUUUGCCGUAAACAAGGAGGGCUCGGAUACGUGCGAGGCGAACUUCGAUGUCGUCGACGAAAUAAAAACCGCGGUAAAGGUGGAACCUCCGUCGUUCCUGAAACGAAUCGGCGACCUGGAGUUGUACCGAGGCAUGACCGCCAAGUUUACGGCGUGCGCUAGCGGAUUCCCAGAGCCGACGGUGGAGUGGUUCAAAAACGACCAGAAGCUCUCCCCGUCUUCGCGCGUUAAGAUGGAGGUCGACAGAGCAGGCCUGCUUCGGCUGACCAUUGAGGGAAUUAAGGAGGAGGAUCUCGGGAGGUACUCGUGCAAGAUCUCCAACGAGCACGGUUCCGAUAUUUGCCACGCACAUUUACAACUAGAUGAUCUCGAUGCCAAACCCAAACGGCCAAUCGGCGACGAAUACGUCGAGUACGACAAGUUCAAGAAAGGAGGAAUUCCGGUACCGCUCUCGGACCCGCCGAUCAUAUCCCGCAUGACCGACCGCCACUGCACGCUCUCGUGGAAACCCUCAAUCCCGGCCUACCCCCACGUGCCGCCCACCUACAUCUUGGAGAUGAGCGAGCAACCGCAAGGCGACUGGUUCACGGCGCGUUCCGGUAUCCGCAACUGCGUCUGCACGGUGCGCAAUCUCGAGCCGUAUCGCGACUACAAAUUCCGCGUCCGCGUCGAGAACAAGUACGGCGUGAGCGAUCCGUCGCCCUACGCGACGACGCACCGCGAACGCAUCGAACCGGACCUCCCGAAGAUAAGCUCGUACUUGCCGCACGGAACGCCCUUCCAUCCGGACACCUCCCCGUACUUCCCUCACGACUUCGACAUCGAGCGACCGUCGCACGACAACAUGUCGCAAGCGCCGCGCUUCCUACGCCAAGAGCACCCGACGCAGUACGGCUACAAGAACCACAACACGAACCUCUUCUGGUACGUGUACGGCUACCCGAAACCGAAGAUGGAGUACUUCUUCGAGGACGAGCCGAUCGAAAGCGGCGGAAGGUUCGACAUGAGCUACACGCGCAACGGACAGGCGACGCUCUUCAUUAACAAGAUGCUGGAGCGCGACGUCGGUUGGUACGAGGCGGUCGCGACAAACGAGCACGGUCAGGCGCGUCAACGUGUCCGACUGGAAAUCGCCGAGCUGCCGGUCUUCAUCACACGACCCGACAUUCAGUACACCCUGCUCAGGAGACAGGCGCGCUUCGAGGCCCGCAUCAUCGGGAAACCCUACCCGGAGGUCAAGUGGUACAAGGACUGGAAACCGCUCGCCGAGUCCAGCCGUGUUAAGAUCAGAUUCGUCGAGCCCGACUUGUGGAUUCUGACGAUCAACGAUGUCAUUCUCAAGGACGAGGGUUUGUACUCGGUGAGCGCGCGAAAUUUCGCGGGAACCGUCUCCAACAGCGCCAUGCUCUACGUCGACGAGAGCGAUUACGAUCACAAGCUGCACACGUACGAGCCGACCUCGCCGAUUAGGUGCAAGAGGAAGCUGUUCAACGAGCUGUACGACCUAGGCGACGAGCUUGGUAGGGGAACGCAGGGAAUCACUUACCACGCGGUCGAUCGUAGCACUGGCAACAACUACGCGGCGAAGGUGAUGCACGGAAGCGGCAACGUCCGUCCGUUUAUGCUGAACGAGUUCGACAUGUACAAUCAGCUACGUCAUCGCCGGCUCAUUUCAAUGCACGACGCGUACGAGUCCGACGACGGGGUCGCCCUCCUGCUCGAACUCGGAGGGGGAGGCGAGCUGGUUAGGGAUUACCUGCUGAAGCGCGAUUAUUACACCGAGCGCGACAUCGCGUGGUACGUCAGGCAGAUGCUCGAGGGCUUGGAGUACAUGCACAGACGCGGAUACGGUCACAUGGGAUUAAACAUCGGGGACUUGCUGCUUUCUCACAUCGGCGGCAGCGAUUUAAAAAUUACCGACUUCGGCCUCGCUCGCCGAAUUCAACAAGGCAACCUCUACCCGCUCCUUUACGGCAUGCCCGAGUACGUCAGCCCGGAAGCCGUCCGCGGGGAGGGUACCGGUUUCGGGCAAGACAUGUGGAGCGUCGGAAUCAUAACUUACAUUUUGCUCUCUGGGCGGUCGCCAUUCUUGGGGAAGGACGACAGAGAGACCCUUACUAAAAUAAGAGAUGGCAACUGGCAGUUUGACAUGUCUUGGUGGCAGAACAUCAGCGUGGAGGCGAGGGAUUUCAUCACGAAGCUGCUGAUUUACCAUUCCGACGGUCGAAUGGACGUGCACAGCGCCUUAAAGCAUCCUUGGCUGGAACGAGCGGAUCGGCGAAUUGAGGACGAGUACCGCAUCAGCUCGAAAUACCUGCACGACUACUACCUCCUCUACAAGGAGUGGUACGACAACGCGUCGUGUAGAAGAUGGUUCAGACGUCGGCCUUUGGAGGGCGCCUUCACGCACCCCUCGCGCAUGGUGUACCCGCCCGGAGACAUCUACACUCCUCCCUCUACACCAGCGCCGACCUCCAAACCGAUCCCGACCUAUCGCACGUGGGAGGAUCAGCUACCGAGCCGCAGCCCUCUCAAUUACGAGAUUGGGUUGAUCAAAUCCGAAAGCCACUAUCAAAAUGGUCCCGACACCUACCUGCUUCAGCUCCGAGACGUCGACUUUCCAGUCCGAGUGCGCGAAUACAUGAAGAUCGCUGCAAAUCGUGGACCGGGCCGAAGCCGAAUUAUAUCGAACGAGAACGGUUUCGAAUGGGACGCGCCCUCGGUACGCGAAAGGCGCCGUUUCAUGGACGUAAUGGACGAGGAAAUCGACGAUGAGCGCAAAGAGCGAAUAAACCGCUACGGUGUCGACAGUAGCGCGUACACUAUCAGGCGGUUGCGCCACGAGCUAGGCCCACGCCUCGACACGUACGCGGAAGCAGAGGCGAUGAUCGAAAGCAAACAAGAGGGUCGCCUUCCCUUCUUCAGAGAAAAACCCCAAGUAACCGCGAUGGUCGAAGGAAAAGACUUGGAAAUGACGUGCCUUGUAGUUGGCGACCCCAAACCCUCAGUCCAAUGGUUUAAAAACGACGCGAUCGUGGUCGAAUCGGCCCGAGUCAAAAUCGAAACCGACAGUGAGAAUCGCACGCACUUCAAACUCUCCCCCGCUCUCGGUUUCGAUUUGGGCAUGUACAGAAUCGUGGCAAGAAACAAGGUCGGGCAGACCAUCGCCCGCACCCGAAUUGUCUACGGAACGGUCCCCGACGCGCCGGACUCGCCCGAAGCGACCCAGAUAUCCGACAGCGAGAUACUGCUCACGUGGAAACCGCCAAAGUCCGACGGAAACUCGCACGUGCUCUGCUACAGCUUGGAGUACAAACUCGCCGACGACGCCGAGUGGACUAAGAAGGCCGACAAUAUCGAUCACGAGUUUUACCUGAUGAGCGGCCUGGAGCAGGACACCAGGUACAUGUUUAGACUCGCGGCGAAGAACGCGAUCGGCUGGAGCGAUCAGGGCGUCGCCUCCGCCGGCAUCUCCACCUCUAGAGUUGGGGCGUCCAAAAUCCGUCUGACGACCGCCAUGCAACACCUGCAGCAGAUCACCGACAGCGGGCAGGCCGUCGAGGAGGAGGGCGAGCCGCGGCCGGAUUACAACCUGGAAACGGCGCCGGUCGACUGGACGAGCGGCAGCGCCUCCGACCACUACGAGGUCAUCUCGGAGAUAGCGAGGGGUAAAUUUUCGGCGGUGCUCAAGGCGAUCGACAAGAAGAACGAUCGCGUCGUGGUCGCGAAGUACUUCGAUCUCGGCCUCGACAGUUCGGAUAACAUCGACGGAGAGUUCGCGGCGCUGCGAUCGCUAAGGCACGAAAGGAUCGCCGGACUUUUGGCGGCGUACAGGUCGAGCAACGAGGCGACGUUCAUAUUGGAGAAGCUGCAGGGCGCCGAUGUGCUGACGUACUUGGCCAGCAAGCACGAGUAUACGGAGCAAACGGUCGCUACGAUCGUUAGCCAGAUACUGGACGGUUUACAAUAUCUGCACUGGAGGAACCUUUGCCAUCUAGACCUUCAACCAGACAACGUCGUCAUGUGCGGUCUGCGCUCGGUCCAAAUCAAGCUGGUAGAUCUGGGUUCGGCGCAUCGAGUGACCAAAUUGGGUACCAAAGUUCCUGUCGUCGGACAUCCCGAUUACAUUUCACCGGAAGUUCUAAACGAAGAGCUGGCCUUCCCCCAAAGUGACAUUUGGUCGGUGGGCGUACUCACCUACGUCAUGCUCUCCGGCACCUUGCCCUUCAAAGGCGAGGACGAGCACGAGACGCGCCAAAACAUCAGCUUCGUCCGUUAUCGCUUCGAGUACCUCUUCCAGGAGCUCUCGCAGGAAGGCAACAGAUUCGUCAUGUUGAUAUUCAAAAGGCACCCGAACAAGCGACCCUCGGCGGAGGAGUGCCACGAGAAUCGCUGGCUGCUGCCGACAGACUCGAUGAUCAAAAAACGCGAACGCGCGGUGUUCUUAGGCAACAGAUUACGGGAAUACUCCGAGAAAUACCACAGCGAAAAGUCACAUUCGGCCCAAGUCAACAAGCUUGGAAAGAGUCUAAUUAAGUCGCACAGUAUACAAGAAGAGUUACUGAUCGCUCCUUAG